GACGUUCUCCGUAAGGAUGCAGUCCUUUUCAUCCCAUCCUGGUAAUAAUGACAAGGACGUCGCAGUUACUUCUUCAGCUUUGAACGGUUUAGAUGUGACUGAACAAGAACCUGAAGUAGAAGCCGAAAAUAAGCCACUUAGUAAAAAUGCGCAAAAGCGUUUGGAAAAAGCACAAAGGAAAGCAGAAAAGUCUCAGAAGAGGGAGAGUGAAGCAAAAAUUGCGCCGAAUGACAAGAGAAACCAAGAUGAUGAAGAAGUGGACCCCACUCAGUAUUUGAAACUCCGCACAAAGCUUAUUGAAGAAGCGAGGGAGCAUGGUGUGGACCCUUACCCGCAUAAAUUUCAUACCACUUGCAGCAUUCCGAAUUAUAUCGAAAAAUACCGUUCUUUGCAGGCUGGAGAACACUUAACAGAUAUUUUGGAAAGUUUAGCAGGAAGAAUAAUUAGCAAAAGAUCAGCAAGUUCCAAACUAUAUUUCUAUGACUUGCGAGCAGAUGGCGCCAAAGUACAGAUUAUGGCAGAUGCAAGGCACGCUGACUCUUUGGACAACUUUACGUCAACACACAACUUACUUAGGAGAGGUGACAUUGUAGGCGUAAAAGGAUAUGCUGGAAAGUCGAAAAAGGGAGAAUUAAGUAUAUUUCCAACUGAGGUGCAGUUGUUGUCCCCAUGUUUGCGUAUGUUGCCCAAGUUUGCUUUGAAGGAUCCAGAAACAAGGUUUAGACAGAGAUACUUGGACUUGAUCAUGAAUGCUGAAAUAACUAGAGAUACUUUUACGAAGCGUGCGAAAAUCAUUCAGUUUGUGCGUCAGUUUUUGAAUGAAAAUGGAUUUCUAGAGGUCGAAACUCCUAUGAUGAAUACUAUUGCUGGUGGAGCCACUGCGAAGCCAUUUGUUACAUUUCACAAUGAAUUGGAUAUGAAAAUGUUUAUGAGAGUAGCUCCUGAACUAUAUUUAAAGAUGUUGGUAGUCGGAGGUUUGGAUAGGGUGUAUGAAAUCGGUAAGAAUUUCAGAAAUGAAGGCAUUGAUAUGACACACAAUCCAGAGUUCACUUCAUGUGAAUUUUAUGCUGCUUAUUGGGACUAUCAAGACCUUAUGAAUUUUACUGAGAGAAUGCUCUCUAAUCUGGUGAAAGAACUGACAGGAGAUUAUGUUAUAGAAUAUCAUCCAGAAGGGAAGGAUUUGUCGGAGUCUAUUAAGAUUGACUUCACUCCACCAUUCCGGCGGCUAUCCAUGUUGGAUGCUUUGGAAGAACAUCUUUCAGAAAAGCUUCCAAGACCUUUAGAUAGCGCAGAAACACAUAACAGACUUGUUGAAAUUUGUUCUGAAAGGAAUGUCAUUUGUCCAGAACCUAAAACAACUGCUCGAAUGUUGGACAAGUUAUUUGGAGAGUUUAUUGAGCCACAGUGUAUUCACCCCACUUUUGUUUGUGAUCAUCCGGAGAUAAUGAGUCCUUUGGCAAAAUAUCAUCGAAAGAUACCAGGCCUAACAGAAAGAUUUGAACUGUUCGUGAAUGGAAAGGAGCUGGUGAAUGCUUACACAGAAUUGAAUAAUCCUACCGUUCAGAGGCAACGUUUUCUUGAAUCAGCAAAAGAUAAAGCUGGAGGAGAUGAAGAAGCGAUGGUACAUGACGAGGACUUUUGUGUUGCUUUGGAAUACGGUCUUCCUCCAACAGCUGGUUGGGGUAUGGGUCUUGAUCGUCUGACGAUGUUUCUGACUGAUAAUAAUAAUAUUAAGGAAGUAUUGUUGUUUCCAGCUAUGAAACCUCGAACAGAAUCUUAAAUAAAUAUGACAUUAGCUUCCUAUUGGAAAGAAUCUCUCAUUUCGUCCAACAACUUUGACAAUGUUUGUAUCCCUGAGUGGACUUGUAAUUCUGCUUGUACAACGUAUACUUGCACAUGCUUUGUCACGUCUCUGUAUUGGACAAGUUGAUGAAAUACAUCUUCAUUGCGAUAAUAGUCUUUUUCGGUAAUGAGUAAGUUCCAAG